AUGCAUCGCUUCAAAAUUCUUAAUUCACUUGGGGAUGGUUCUUUUGGAAACGUUUUUAAGGUACAGGAUAAAGAGACUGGUGAGAUAUUGGCCAUGAAAAAAUUUAAAAGAAAAUACAAAUCUUGGGAAGAUGCUGUAGGUAAUCCUGAAGUGAAAGCACUUAUCCAAUUAUAGCAUCCUAAUAUUGUUAAGCUUAAAGAAGUUAUCAGGCAUGAUGACACUCUCUACAUGAUGUUUGAACUUCUAGAUAUGGAUGUAUAUAAACUAAUCAAAUCUAGAAGAAACGCUAAAUCACCAUUUAAUGAAGGUGAAAUAAGAAAAAUGAUGUUCUAAAUUGUAUAAGGACUGGCUUACGUGCAUAAACAUGGAUUUUUCCACCGUGACUUAAAACCUGAUAACUUGCUUGUCUAAAACAAUGCAAUUAUCAAAAUAUCUGAUUUUGGUUUAGUUAGAGAAAUCAAAAGUGCUCCUCCAUUUACAGAGUAUAUUUCUACAAGAUGGUAUAGAGCUCCAGAAUGCGUUUUAAGAUCGAGAAGCUAUAACUAUCCAGUUGAUAUUUUCGCAUUAGGCUGCAUAAUGGCUGAGUUUUAUCUAAUGAGACCAAUAUUUCCUGGUUCUAGUGAAUUGGAUCAAAUUAAUAAAAUUGUUCAAGUUUUGGGGUCUCCAAAUGAUUGGUAAGAUGGAGAAAGAUUGGCCUAGCGUAGGGAAAUAAAUUUUCCAAGAUAUGAGAAAGUUAAUUUACAAAGUUUGAUGCCAUUUGCAAGCAAGGAUGCUAUAAAUCUGAUGGAAUGGAUGCUGGAAUAUAAUCCAAAAAAGAGACCAGUUUGUGAUUAGAUUUUAAAGCAUCAAUUCUUCUCAAGUCACAUUAGCUAGUAUGAAAUGCAAAAAGCUUUUGAUUCAAUUAGCGGAAUCCGACCUAAAUCUGGUUAAAAACGAAAUGAAAUUGAAAGCAUGAAGAUUGGACCAGAGGGCAUCUCUAUAAAAAAGACUGAGAGAAUUAACGAAGGAUAGGGAAGAGUAAACAAGGCUGAUUAUCCAGGAGAAUACUAAUUAAGAGAGUAAGAAUUACAAGAAUAUAAAGAAAAAGAGAAACAGUUAUAAAAAUAAUAGUAAUAGCAAGUUAUCCUUAAAGAAAAGGAAAAGUCAAAACCAAGGAAAAUAGAGACUCCAAAGAAAAAGCCCGAACCUUAGGAUAUUUAAUUAGCUAAAAAUCAAACAGAAAAAGAAGAUCAAAAAUAGGUAUUACCACCCCUAGAUGGAUAUGAAGAAUAACGCAAACUGUAUGAGUAUUUGAAAGAAAGAUAGAGAAAAGAAUAUGAAGAAUAGGCAAAAAAAUUCAUAGUAAAUUAAUAAGAAGGGUUUUAACUCAGACCUGUUUAAGCUUAAGUAAAGAAAAUGAAAGUCAUUAAAAAGACUGCAUAAAGGUUUUAUGAUAUUGCAGAUUAAACUCCGAAGAAAAUAGAUCCUGAUAAGAUUCAAAAGUAAGAUAUCAAAGAGAUUAUAAAAAGUAAACCCUUAGCAAAGUCAUUACUUCUAUAAGAAAAUGAGAAAGAAAGAUAGGAAAAUAGAGAAAAUUAAGAAAUGAUGAUGCCUCCUAACGCUAAAUAUUUACAAAAGAUUGCCAUUGAAUCAGAGAAUAAUAUGAAAUAAUCAUAAGCCGAAAGAAAUGAAAGGAGUAGAUAUCAACAAAAGAGAUAGUAGCUGAAAAGCAAUGCUGGUGAAAGAAAACAUUAAAAUUCAUAAGAAUAUUUUCCUCCACCUUCUCUUAUCAACAAUCAAAGUAAUAAGCAAUUAGUGACUAUAAAGAAGACAGAAAAUCCUCAUGUUUCACCUAGCUUAAAAUUUGAUAAAAUUGUCUCAGCUCUUGAGCACAAGCAGUCGCCAACAAUAAUUACUAAAGAGAAGGUUCAAUCUAUAUUUCCAUAAAAAUAGAUUAUUCCUCCAACUGUAGAAAGAUCACUUCCAUAAGUCUAAAGUUAAGCUACUCUACCGAAAUAUAAUCCAUUAAAGGAAUCGUUUAAUCAAUCAGUGAAGCAAUUUGAUGCAUCAAAUACUAUAUAGUUUGAUGACCAACCUAAACAGUAUCAUUCUAGCAUUCAAAAAGCUGGCUAAAAUAUCGUUAAUAGUAUAAUUGGUGAGAGUAGAAACUAAUUAUUUAAUGGACUUAACAAGAAUUCAAUAGGCCAAUCAUAUUCAAUGGGACCUAAAACUAGUCUGCUUGAAUAAUAAUAAUAAUAUCCUGGUUAGAAUAGAUAUGCUGAAAGAAAUAAUUUCAAGUCUCCUGUUCAUGAAACAUAAAUAGCAUCUGAAUUUUAGUAAGAAAAGAAAUUUCGAGAUUAAUUCUACUAGAGUAUAGAUCCAAAUUCUAAAACAAAUGUAAGUUCUAAAUACUAUACAGGCAGAGGAGAAAUGACAGGCUAUAAUUAUAGCCCUGAUCAAAGAAGUCUAUAUAAUAAUAAUUACAACAGAUACGACCAAUAAAGUAAUAACAUUACUAGAGAUUUGAGAUAAACUGAUACUCGUUCUUCAUUUCCUCAAGCAUAUACUAAUAACAGUCAAUAUAUAUAAUAAAAUAAGUACUAUUAUGAGUGA